GGUUCCCGGUUUCACUGAGAGGAAAGUGACAGAAGCGGUGCAGAGGGAGACGUAGAGAGAGCGGAGCGUCCAGCAGCCACCCAGUCUCGGGGGAGCGCUCAGCUCCCCCGCCCCCGGCUCCUACCCUGUCCGGGGGGGCUCUCCAAGCCCUCAGCCCCACUCCUGGGCUCCCCAUGGAAGCCAGCUGUGCCCGCGGAGGAGCGGGAGGAGGAGGAGUCGGCUAAAUGCCCGCGGUGCGCCCGGGGCCCCUGAGCCCAGCCCUGUCUGAGCGGCUGCCCUAAGGCCCCCGGGCCCCUUGAGCCCCCUACCCAGGGCCGCGCCGCCUCCGCCCGCCCCUCUCCCGGGGCUUCGCCCGGGACGUGCCCCCCGCCCGCUUGCCAGCGCUCAGGCCGGAGCUCUGGGCCGGGCGCGCCGCCGCCCUGGAGUGAGAGAAGCCCAGCCGAAGGGGGUCUCCGGAGCCCGCCGCGAUGGACGCCGUCUUAGAGCCCUUCCCGGCCGACAGGCUGUUCCCCGGAUCCAGCUUCCUGGACUUGGGGGAUCUGAACGAGUCGGAUUUCCUCAACAAUGCGCACUUCCCUGAGCACCUGGACCACUUCACAGAGAACAUGGAAGACUUCUCCAAUGACCUGUUCAGCAGUUUCUUUGAUGACCCUGUGCUGGACGAGAAGAGCCCUCUACUGGACAUGGAACUGGACUCCCCCACACCGGGCAUCCAGGCUGAGCACAGCUACUCCCUGAGCGGUGACUCAGCACCUCAGAGCCCCAUCGUGCCCAUCAAGAUGGAGGAUACCACCCAAGACGUCGAACAUGGAGCAUGGGUGCUGGGACACACACUGUGCUCCGUCAUGGUGAAGCAGGAGCAGAGCCCGGAGCUGCCCGUGGACCCUCUGGCUGCCUCCUCGGCCAUGGCUGCUGCUGCUGCCAUGGCCACCACCCCGCUGCUGGGCCUCAGCCCUCUGUCCAGGCUGCCCGUCCCCCACCAGGCCCCGGGAGAGAUGACUCAGCUGCCAGUGAUCAAAGCAGAGCCCCAGGAGGUGAACCAGUUCCUCAAAGUGACACCAGAGGACCUGGUACAGAUGCCUCCAACACCCCCCAGCAGCCAUGGCAGCGACAGUGACGGCUCGCAGAGUCCCCGCUCUCUGCCCCCCUCCAGCCCUAUCCGGCCCAUGGCCCGCUCCUCCACAGCCAUCUCCACCUCCCCCCUCCUCACCGCCCCUCACAAAUUACAGGGGACGUCAGGGCCGCUGCUCCUGACGGAGGAAGAGAAGCGUACCCUGAUUGCUGAGGGCUACCCCAUCCCCACCAAACUUCCCCUCACCAAAGCUGAGGAAAAGGCCUUGAAGAGGGUCCGGAGAAAAAUCAAGAACAAGAUCUCAGCCCAGGAGAGCCGCCGUAAGAAGAAGGAAUACGUGGAGUGUCUAGAAAAGAAAGUGGAGACAUUUACAUCGGAGAACAAUGAACUGUGGAAGAAGGUGGAAACCCUGGAGAAUGCCAACAGGACCCUGCUCCAGCAGCUGCAGAAACUCCAGACUCUGGUCACCAACAAGAUCUCCAGACCUUACAAGAUGGCUGCCACCCAGACUGGGACCUGCCUCAUGGUGGCAGCCUUAUGCUUUGUUCUGGUGCUGGGCUCCCUUGUGCCCUGCCUCCCUGAGUUCUCCUCCGGCUCCCAGACUGUGAAGGAAGACCCCAUGGCCACUGACAGCGUCUACGCGGCCAGUCAGAUGCCCUCCCGAAGCCUCCUGUUCUAUGACGAGAGCGCAGGCUCGUGGGAGGACGGCCCCAGCGCCCUGCUGCCCAUGGAGCCCCCGGAUGGCUGGGAGAUCAAGCCUGGGGGGUCGGCAGAGCAGCGACCCCAGGACCACCUGCAGCACGACCACCUGGACAGCACCCACGAGACCAGCAAGUACCUGAGUGAGGCCUGGCCAAAGGACGUCGGUGGAAACAACACCAGUCCUGACUUCUCCCACCCUAAGGAGUGGUUCCACGAGAGGGAUCUGGGCCCCAACACCACCAUCAAACUCUCCUAGGCCGUGCCAAGACCCAGGACCCAGGACAUACCCUCUGGCCCCCGGAAGGGGGUCGUCUUGCUCACCAACCCGGAUCCGGCUCAUACCCCUGCUCCCUGGGGUCCCAUCCCAGGAGAAAGGGUUCCACUUCUCCCCAGCCAGUCUUUGCCCCAGAUCUUGACUGGGGCCUCUCCCCCAACCCCACAUUUGGACUG